AUGCCCACACCCAUCCCGUCCAAUCUCUCGCCUUUACUCAAGCUUCCUGCUCCUGGCUCUCUGACACUCAUCACCUCUGUACUAGACGCCACAUCCAAUUGGCUGCUGCUGCGGUACAUCUACGCAGCGCUUCGUCCAGAAAACCAAGAUGGCCAUGCCACGACGGCUGCUCGAGUCGCAGUGGGCGCCAACGAGGAGACAACACAUGAUAAGAACAAAGACUUGAAAGUCAUACUUAUAAGCUUCCUCCGCCCUUUCGAGCUAUGGAGAGAAAUGGGAAAGAAGAUUGGCCUCGAUCUGCCUUCCCUCCUCUCCGCUUCAAACCCUCGCCUGAUCUACAUUGACGCCUUCACCCACCUCUCCUACCCGCCCAGCACCCCAACCCCUCCUCUCCCCCACCAGCCUCACGCAAAUAUCCACACCCUCGCACCCCUCACCACUCUCGCAACCCUCGAAAGCCGCCUUCUCUCCCUCAUCCCCACUCACCUACCACUGCAGAAUUACGUUCUGGUUCUCGACUCUCCUGACCUCCUCCUUGCCGCCUCCCCCCCUACUGCCAACAUAGCCCCCCUCACGCUUUCCUCCCUCCUCUUAACCCUCCGCUCCAGAUCCUGCAUCCAUUCCACCGUUCUGACCCUCUCCGCUGAUGGGCCUUUACUUCAUAAUGGUGCGAACGCGGCAGCAACUCCAUUGGAGCUGUCACACCGGGAGUUUGUAUCGGGGAUGGCGCAUCAGGCGGAGCGGGUGGUGCAGUUGCGGGGAUUGGAUACGGGGGCGGCAAGGGAUGUGAGCGGCGUAUUGAGGUUUAGUAACGGAGGUGGUGCUGCUGCUGCUGGCUUGGAGGAGACGGAGGGAGGCGAAGCGGGUGUCAAAGAAGAAGGAGAGUGGUUGUACCAGGUCAAAGGGGAUGGAAGCGUGAGGGUAUGGACUCGGGGUGAAUGA